AUUCUGACGUGAGCACUUCAAGUAUUAAUCAUCAUUGCAACAACCAGGGUGAGUUUAAAUGUGAUAAAAGGAAAACCUCUGUAUCGAUCGAACCUCGUUUUAUUCGUAUUACAACUUCGAUUGAUGAUCCUCAUCCGACCUCCAUUGGUUUUCCUUCAAUUACAAGAACAUCCAUUGUUGUCCAUACUGAUUCGCCUAAUUCAUGCCCAUUUCAAACUACAUCUCUAUCACUCCAAACAACUCUCCCACUCUUCUCAACGCCGACCAAUAUUUCAUCGGACUCUUCAUAUUCAAUUCCAGAACCUUCGACAGUUAUUCCAAUCCCAUCACUGACCAUCACAGAUCAAAUCAUCACACCAAUUCCACAUCACCAAAAUAACUCA